UAAAAUAUUGCGUCACGGUUCAUGUUUACCGACUAAAGUUUAUUAUGGAAGAAUAUGCCCGUGAACCCUGUCCAUGGAGAAUAGUAGACGACUGUGGAGGUGCCUUCACAAUGGGAGCCAUCGGUGGUGGGAUUUUUCAAUCUGUCAAAGGCUUCCGAAAUGCACCCAUGGGCACACGACAUCGACUGAAAGGCAGCGUGAAUGCUGUGCGCAUCCGAGCUCCACAGAUUGGAGGUAGUUUUGCAGUGUGGGGAGGUCUCUUCUCCACUAUAGAUUGCGGCUUGGUGCGGCUUAGGGGGAAAGAGGACCCGUGGAACUCCAUCACCAGUGGAGCAAUGACGGGGGCCAUACUGGCUUCACGCAGUGGACCCUUGGCUAUGGUGGGCUCUGCCAUGAUGGGAGGGGUUCUGCUGGCCCUGAUCGAGGGCAUCGGCAUUUUACUCACCAGAUACACAGCACAACAAUUCCAGAACUCGAGUCCAUUUCUGGAGGAUCCUAGUCAACUUCCUCUCAAAGACAGUGGCCAGGGACAGGACAGUCAAGGCUACGGACAGUUUCAGUAGAACUGCUACUCUUGCACUACAACGUGGGAAGGAUAAAGAAAAAGCUAUAUUCGUUGACGUUUCCAUUAGAGCUUGUGUCAGAUUUGUUUUCCUUCCUAAAGU